UUACCCAAUUUUUUGGCGACACGUUUUAAACCAGAUUGACCAAAACCAUUGAUAAAAUCUUAAAAUAUAAAAAAUUUUCUGAAAUUGUUUAAUGUUACUGGAAGUAUUUUCUUUAUUAUUCCUUGUUCCGCAAAUAAAAUGUGUAGCUGUGGUUUCCAUUGAUUUUGGUUGUGAAUGGGUAAAAAUGGGGAUAGUAAAACCUGGCAUGCCAAUGGAAGUUAUUCUGACACCAGAUACAAGAAGAAAAAUUAACAAUAUAGUUGGAAUUAAAAAUGAAGAAAUUUUAAUAGGGGAUCCUGCUAUAACCUAUUGUCAAAGGCAGCCCAAACAUGUUUAUUCUUAUUUGCUGGAACUCUUAGGCAAAAACAUGUAUAAUUCAGAAGUUGAAGAAUAUAGACAUUAUUUUCCUCAAUAUGAGCUGGGAUCAACACGGGAUGAAAUGGCAUUUACAUUCAUGCUUAAAAAUGAAACAUUUUUACCCGAGGAACUGAUGGCAAUGGUGCUGGCAUACUGCAAAGAUAUCGCUUCGUCUUUUGCUAAUAACCACCCUAUAGUAGGUUACAUUGUAACGGUGCCCCCUUACUUCAACCAAGCCGAAAGGAGGGCUCUGAUCAAGGCUGCUCGAAUAGCCGAUUUAAAGUUGUUCCAGGUCAUGAACGAUAAUACUGCCGUGGCUCUAAAUUAUGGGUUGUUCAGGCAAAAGCAAUUUACUUCCGAUCCCCAAUACAUUUUGUUCUAUGAUAUGGGAGCCUGCGGUACCCACGCUUCCGUAGUUGCCUAUCAAAACGUUCAAACGCGAGAAAACGAUUCUGCCAGUAUUUUCCCACAACUCACUAUUAAAGGAUUCGGAUUUGACCGCAAAUUAGGUGGCAAGGUAUUUCAAAUGCGCCUAAGAGACUUCUUAGCUUCCACUUUCAACCAACAAGAGCAAAAAAAUGAUCCAUCGGUAGAUGUAACGGCCGACUACAAGGCUAUGAAUAAGAUAUUUGUUGAGGCUGGUAGGACUAUGAAAGUUCUUAGCGCCAACACUGAGUAUUUUGCUGAAGUUGAAGAUUUGAUCAAUGACAUAAACAUGAAAAUUAAAGUUACUAGAAAAAAAUUUGAAGAUUUAUGCGAAGAUCUAUUUGAAAGAGUUAAAGAUCCAUUGUUAGAAGCUCUUAAAACAUCUGGAGUUGACCAAAGCGAAGUAGAACAAAUCAUAUUAUUUGGAGCUGGUACACGAAUUCCAAAAGUUCAAGAAAUGUUGAAACCUUACUCUAAUAACGAGUUGGGGAAAUCUAUAAACACUGACGAAGCUGCAGCUUUAGGUGCUGUAUAUCAAGCUGCCUAUCUAAGUCAAGGCUUUAAAGCUAAGAGAUUUAUCAUCAAAGAUGUAACUCUUUACCCAAUAAAAAUUGAAUUCGACAAAGAAACAGCUCAAGAAAUCACCGAUAACACCGUCGAUGAUCGUAUUCUUGAAUCCCCCCAACCUCCCCUUAAAAUGAUGACAACCAAACAUGUAUCUAAAACUUUGAUGAAUAGAUUUAAUCCGUGUCCUCAGAAAAAGGUUAUAACCUUCAACCGAAACACGAGAGACUUUACUUUUAACGUUAGUUAUGGUGAUCUAGGCUUUAUGGAUAUGGAACAGAUAAACAAUUUUGCCUCCUUCAAUCUUUCCCAAAUAUCCGUCAAAGGUGUCGAAUCCAUAAUGGAAAAAUACGCAUUAGACCCCGACAUCCAGUACAAAGGUGUCAAAGCUCAUUUUGUGCUCGAUGAUAGUUGUUUAGUGACUUUGGAGAAAGUGGAUAUCCAUUUUGAAAGAACUGGUGUUAAGCCGGAGGAAUCUACUUUAUCAAGAAUUGGUAGUAAAAUCAAAAAUUUCUUCACUGGGGCCAAGGGAGAUGAUGUUAUAGAAGAAAUUUUAAAGCCAGAAGAAGUGAAUCACGAAAAUGACAAUUCAGCACCUGAUAAUGGUAACAUAAAAGGGGAUGAUCUAGAUAAUGACGUUAAAAAAUCCAAGACCUCAAAAACCACACAAGAUGAAAAUAGCUCAGAUAAGAAUGAGACCGUGACUCCCGAAAAUAACUCGUCUCUCCAUAAUCAAACUCCCGAAUUCGAAGUGAAUUCUACUGAAAUCCCCAAAAAUCAAACUUAUCAUUUAACGGAAAUAUUGGAAUACGAUUUUGUGGAUUUAGAUUUUCCUCAAAUGAGUGAGCUAGAAGCCAACGCAAGUCAAUUAAGAUUGAACAUUUACAAAAAGAAAGAAGCGGACAGGAAAGAUCUAGACGAGCUUAGAAACUCGCUUGAGUCAUUCCUUUUUAAUACGAAAGACAAAAUCGGGAAUGAUGAGAUUUUCAAAAAUUUUACUACAGCUGUCGAACGCGAAAGUAUUUUGGAAAAGUUGGCAGGUGUUGAUAGUUGGUAUGAAGAGAAUGGCUAUAGCGCCAAUAGAAAGACUCUUAAAUCUAAACUAACUGAACUCAAAAAAUUGUUAAAACCUGCUAGCGAUAGAAUAGAGGAAUACGAAAAAAUUUUUAAAGCCUUAGACCAUAUGUAUAGGGCUUUCAACGAUUCGCAAACCUUCCUGGAUGUCACGAAAAAUUUAAGCUUUCCUACUAAUAUACCUAUUUUUACGGACGUCGAAAUUUCCAAACUUGAAAAUUUGAUAUAUAGCACUAUGGAAUGGUUCAACGAUACCAUCGCUCAGAUAAAUAAAUUGGAGCUCUACAAGGACCCGAGCAUAAAAAGUGAAGAAAUCGAAGAUAGAACUAGGGAAUUAGAAAGAGAAGUAAAUUACCUUAGAAAAAAGGGGAGAGCUGAAGCCCUAAAUCAAGCCAAAAAAUUUAGCGAAGAUUUAAAUCUAAAAGAUGGCAUACUUAAGCAACAAAAAAAAGAAGGUGAUGGUGGUGACACUAAACAAUCAAACGGAGAGCCAGGUAGCCAAGAUAAAUCAGAUGGUGCCGAAAUUAACAACAAAAAAAAGGGUGCCAAACAAUCGUCAACCAAAAAAAGCAAAACUAAAAAAAAAGAAAAACCUGGGAAAAAGUUUAAACUAGAACCGUCUCUUGAACCAGAAGAAGAGGAUCUCACGUUUAAAGAUGACAUAAAACAUAAAGACAUACAUGUUUCCGAUGAACUAUAACUACGUCUUGUUAUAAAACAGCAAACUACCUUCUUGUCAAAAAAAAUAUAGAUAAUUAUUAAUUAAUAUAUGAAACCUACUGGUGUAUUUUUUUAUAAUUUAUUACAAUAUACUCACUUAAAAUAUGAUUGCUAUGAAAAUGUAAUGAUUGUAUCAUAUGUUUUUGCUCCACAUAAUUUUUUAUUUAGGA